AUGUCGGUAGAAGACAUCGUCUUGGUUCAGCAACUAGUAUGCCGCGAACGAGAAGCACGCGAUCGUCUGUGGUGGGACGAGAUGCGCUCCAUCUACACCGAGGACUCCUGGAUCGACCUUUCAUGGUACCAGGGCUCAGGCAAAGGAUUCAUUGAUAGGUCGAUUGAUCUUGCAAAGCGAGGGACGUCAUCAAAACACCGGCUAGGGCCAGUUGUCGUCCGUGUCAGCGAAGACAGAGGACGUGCGCUUGCCACAGUCAGCGCAGUUAUCGAGUCACGUUUCAAGCUCAACGGUAUCGAGGUCGAUAUAGGAUCGGAGACAAGAUUGAUCUACAAAGGGGUCAAGAACACACAUGAUCACAAGUGGCGACUUUCCGGUUUAAGUUGCAUCUAUGAAUGUGAUCAUUUGAGGCCUGCAAUACCAGGACAAACCAUCAACAUUGACCCAGAAGAAUUGAAACCAUAUCGGAGCUCGUAUCGGUGUUUGUCUUAUUUCCUGUCUCAACAAGGACUUUCAGUAAGGAUGGAGCUCCCGGGUGACGAUAGACCCGAGCAGGUCAUCAAAUUGUACGACGAUGCUUUCCGCUGGCUAAGGGUGUCUGGGUCGUCGGUGGCCAAUAGACAAGAAUAUCAGCAUGACGGCCAAGCACAGUCGUUGCUAUAG